AUGGCCGACGUGGAAAUGGAAGUCGACAACCCCCCCUCCCCCUCGGCCGCCGCCGCGGGAGGCGAGGCGGCCCCGGCCCGCAACGAGUCCGAGAUGCAGACCCACGGCCGCGCGACCGCCGUCCGCUCCAUCGAGGGCUGGAUCGUCGUGGUGACCAACGUCCACGAAGAGGCCGACGAGGAGGCCAUCCACGACAUGUUUGGCGAGUUUGGCGAGAUCAAGAACCUGCACCUCAACCUCGACCGGAGGAGCGGUUACGUCAAGGGCUACGCCCUCAUCGAGUACGCGACCCUCGCCGAGGCCCGCGCCGCAAUCGACUCGGCCCACGAGACCAAGCUCCUCGACCAGACCGUCUACGUCGACUUCGCCUUUGUGCGCCCCCCGCCGGGGAGCAAGGGCGGCAACAACCGCGGGGGCGCCGGCGCGAGACCCCAGAACCGCGGCCGCGGCCGGAGUCGCAGCCGCAGCCGCAGCGUCGACAGAGACGCUGCCGCCGCCGCCGCCAAGGACGGGGGCGACAUUGAAUGA